AUGGUUUUACCAUAUUAUGGAAGUGGAAGUUUGAGAAAUAAUUUAACGAAUGAUUUAGGAUAUGAAAAUAAAAUUCAAUAUUUGUAUUGGAUUAUAGAUGGACUUUCAACUAUUCAUAAUGCUGGAAAAGUUCAUAAAGAUUUUCAUUCAGGAAAUGUAUUAAUUGAAAAAGGAAUCCCAAUAAUUAGUGAUUUAGGAAUGUGUCAACCAGUAGAUGAUAAUGAGCGAAAAGGAGUUUUUGGGGUAAUACCUUAUAUGGCGCCAGAAGUUUUACGCGGAUAUAAAUAUACAAAAGCGGCAGAUAUUUACUCAUUUGGAAUAAUGAUGAAUGAACUUAUGUCAGAAGAAAUUCCUCAUAAUGAUAUUCCUCAUGAUCAUUUUUUGGUUGUUAAAAUAUGUAAAGGAUUUAGACCAAAAAUUUCUGAAAAUACACCAAAAUUAAUUGUAGAUUUGAUUAUUAAAUGUUGGGAUGCUAAAGCAGAAAAUAGACCAACUGCUAAAGAAUUGUGUCAAAUAUUAAGAGAGUAUGUAGGUAAAAUUACUGGAAAAUUUGGCGAAAUUUAUUCUCAAAUAAAAGAAUGUGAAGAAAUUAAAGAGAAUAAAUUAAAAAGCAAAACAAUUGAAAAUAAAUCUGAAAAUCUUCAAACACACCCACAAGCAAUUUAUACUAGCAGACUUUUAAAUUUUGACAAUCUUCCAGAACCGGUAAAUUCAACCGAUUCUUUAUCAGAAACUAUUUCAUCAACACCAGCAAAUCCAAUUUCUGAAUGCUUUGAUUGUGAAUUAGAUGAAUCAGAUCUCAAUCAAGAUAAUGAUGAAUGAACCUUAUUAGUAUAUUUGUUUUCAAAAUUUUAGUAGUUUCUUUUUUAUUAUACAGUUUAUUACUUCAUUUUUUUUCUGUAAAU